AACCUUCCCCAAAUCCGGCAGCGGUUAGCCCAAGCCCCAAACCCUUUUAGGUUUUAUUUCUAAGCAGGCAGCCUCCCUUUCCUCCAAACCGGCAAGCUACAACUGGUCGGACCAUUUUCCGCUGCCGCCAUACUUGAUGGCUUCUUCAUAUGCCACACGAAACUCAGAGUCAGGAAAGACCUCAAGUUUACUAGCGAUCUUAGCAAGGAACCAGCCAUAAAGCACUUCAAACAUGUUUUGUUUUUUUUUCAACAUUAUAACCAUUUCUCCCAAGGUGGGUACCUUGAGAUUUUGAAUGGUAAGUAUAGCAACACGACUGGAGCACAACUCCAGGAAGACAGUCUGCGGUUUAAGAAAAUUCACUAUAGCUUGAAUUUCUCUGAGGACUAGAACGUUUCUGGAGAGCCCUUCCGGGAGAGUGACUUGACGGUGAUCGGAAUCCGUCUCUACGAUGAACGCCUCCAUCAUUGAUCCUUUGCAGGGUGAUUUCCCAGAAGUCAUAGAAGAGUAUUUAGAACAUGGCUGUAUGAAAUGCAUUGCCUUUAAUCGCCGUGGUACCCUUCUUGCGGCUGGGUGCAAUGAUGGAAGUUGCGUUAUUUGGGAUUUUGAAACAAGAGGCAUCGCUAAGAUUCUUCAUGAUAAUGAAUGUUCUUCCCCCAUAACUAGCAUCUGUUGGUCAAAGUAUGGUCAUCGAAUUCUGGUAUCUGCUGCUGACAAAUCAUUAAUUUUGUGGGAUGUUAUGAGUGGUAAGAAGAUAACACGAAUAGUUUUGCAACAAACCCCUCUACAAGCGCGUCUUCAUCCAGGAUCUUCAACACCAUCUCUUUGCUUAGCAUGUCCUCUUUCAUGUGCUCCUAUGAUUGUUGACCUGAAUACAGGAAACUCAACUUUGCUUAAGGUUUCUGUGUCAGAGACAAGCAAUGGACUAAUCCCUCCCUCACGCAAUAAGUCUUCUGAUGGAAUCACCUCCUUUACACCAACCGCUGCUUGUUUUAACAAAUACGGGACUCUGGUUUAUUUGGGAAACUCAAAAGGUGAAAUUCUUGUUAUUGAUUACAAAAAUGGUGAAGUGCGUGCUGUAGUCCCAAUCACCGGUGGUUCUGUUGUAAAGAACAUUGUGUUCAGCAGGAAUGGGCAGUAUCUACUCACGAACUCCAAUGAUCGAGUAAUAAGGAUCUAUGAAAACCUUCUGCCCCUGAAAGAUGAGGUCAGAACCCUUGAUGAACUAAAUGAGAACUGUGGUGAUGUAAAUAAUAGUGAGAAGUUGAAGGUCAUUGGGUCAAAAUGUUUAAUUUUGUUCCGGGAAUUUCAAGAUGCCAUCACAAAGGUACACUGGAAAGCCCCUUGUUUCAGUGGUGAUGGUGAGUGGGUAGUCGGUGGUUCUGCUUGUAAAGGUGAGCACAAAAUUUACAUAUGGGAUAGAGCUGGGCAUCUUGUGAAAAUCCUUGAAGGACCAAAGGAAGCUCUUAUUGAUCUAGCAUGGCAUCCUGUACAUCCUUUUGUCGUAUCUGUUUCCUUGAAUGGCUUUGUUUAUAUAUGGGCAAAAGAUUAUACGGAGAAUUGGAGUGCAUUUGCUCCUGACUUCAAGGAGCUUGAGGAAAAUGAGGAGUAUGUAGAGCGUGAAGAUGAAUUUGAUCUGAUUCCUGACACUGAGAAGGUGAAAGCUCCUGAUGUAAAUGAAGAUGAGGAAGUUGACAUCAUAUCAGUGGAGAAAGAUGCCACUUUCAGUGAUUCUGAUAUGUCUCAAGAAGAGCUAUGUUUCUUGCCAGCAACCCCUAGUCGUGAUCCUCUGGAACAACAAGACAAGUGUGCAGAAAGUUCUUCGAAGUUGUUGGACAGCAAUAACACUGGAUCCCCUUCAGAAGAAGCUGGACCAAAUGGACUUAUGAUGAAUCACGCAUCCAGUCUUCUUGAAGACGAUGCUGGGCGCUUUAAAAGAAAGAGAAAACCUUCAGAGAAGGUGUUGGAAUUGCAAGCAGAAAAAGUUAAGAAAUCUUCAAAAUCAAGCAAAUUGGCAAAACCCAAGAACAAAUCUUUGGUUGAUCAAGAUAAUGUUACGGAAGUGGCAUGAUCCAAUAUUUUUCUAGCACCCAACAAUCUUACACUGCUCUUCAAAUAUGUUUUAGGAUGAUUGGUCGGAUUACGUGAUAUUGAGCAUAAAAUCUCUAGCAUACACUGAUCCUGCUAUCCCAGAAAAUCAAUUAUUUGAGACCACCCUUUUUCCAUAUAGUCAAGAUUUUCAAACUUAUUUGUCCUGCACAUUUUGACCUCUUCCCUCCUGAUAGGUCUUGGAAUUUUUACAUUAGGAAAAAUAAACAUAGAAGUUCGUAAGUGGUGGUUAGGGGAGUUAGGAGGAGUUUAAUAGCAGUUAGGGGUAGUUUCCAUUGAUUGUUAUGGUUUCCUUUGAUGCUUUGUUUCGUUUUUGUUUAGUUUAUGUCUUUUAAGGAGGGGGCCAUGUAUUUGGCUCGUUGUUGAGUGUUUUAUUAGAAAAACAGGGUCUGUCCUGUAAAAGGGAAUGUUUUCCCUUGACUGCAGUUGAUUGUUUUCAGUGUUUUCCCUUCAAUAAAAUUGUUUUCCUCACUAUGAGGAUUCAUUUAUCUUUUGAUAUUGUUUAUUUUGAGAUAGAAUAUAGGUUCCUUGUCACCAAGAAACCUAAGAAUUGGUCUGACCUACCAGAUCAUAUGAACAAUGAGAUAUGGAGAGUUGCAUGAGUGUAGUGGAGAGAUUGGUCACUGAAAAUGCUUGUGCGAUGGAAGAAUCAAGGGAGGAGUACUGAGCCAAUUUUUAGAGGCUUAGUGACAUGAUGGUGGAUUUGUCACGAAAAAUGAAAAAUAUAGAAAGAGGGUCUGUGUAUGGAGACAAAGUGGGAAAAAGGGAUGAAAUUGACGAAGAUUGGGUAUUUUUGAAUAUUAGACCACACAAAUAGAUGUCUAUGCUGGCUAGAUUACAUCCUAAACUUACACCCAGGUAUUAUGGACUUUUUUUAGUCAUCAGGCAGGUUGGCCAAGUCACUUUUCGUUUGCAAUUACCAUAAUCCGCAAGGAUGGAUUCCAGUUUUCCAUGUUUCCCAGUUUAAGCCAACAGUGGGGAAUCACCAUCUGCAGGUGGAGAAGGAUUUGCCCGAUUGAGCUGCAAUACAAGGAACCAAUUUGUGUCCCUCUCAUGGUUUUAGAUUGCAGACUACACUCUUUGCCUCGUCUCAGUGUUCCACAAGUACUCAUUGAAUGGAAGGAAGGGAUCCCGACGGCGCAACAUGGGAAUUAGAAGAAUUGAUUAGAGAUCAAUUUUCUGACUUCAACCUUGCGGACAAGGUUGACCCUGACGGUAUUGGGUUGAGCCUAACAGUAUUGAUAAGUGUUGGAUGGUUUACGUUAGGAAAAAUAAACAUAGAAGUUAGUAAGUUGUGGUUGGGAGAGUUAGGAGGAGUUUAAUAGCAGUUAGGGGUAGUUUCCAUUGGUUGUUGACAGUUUCCUUUGAUGCUUUGUUUCACUUAUGUCUUUUAAGGAGCGGGCGUGUUUUUAGAAAAAAAGGAUCUGUCCUGUGAAAGGGAAUGUUUUCCGUUGAUUGUUUUCAAUGUUAUCCCUUCAAUAAAACUGUUUUUCUCACUGUUAGGAUUAAUUUAUCUGUUGAGAUUGUUUAUUUUGAGAUAGAAUAUAGCUUCCUUGUCACCAAGAAACCUAACACCACCACUUCUCCUUUUUCUCUUCUGGUUUGUGUUUUGUCUUCAUCUUCCCUUGGUAGACAUGCCUUUUAUGCUUGAUGGACACGUCUGUUUAAAUAUAUAAAUAUAUAAAAUUGUAUAUUAUAUUUAUGUAAAUAACAUAUAAUACGUAAUACAUAUAUUAUAAUUUACAUCUAAUGAUAACUUAAAAAUAUAACUACUAACAAUUUUUAAAGGCCUAUUAGCUU